CAAACAGUUGUUGGACUUGAACAAGCUAGCGAAUGGUAACGCCGGACAAAAAACAUCUCCAGCGUACUUCUCCCGGAUACGGAGACACCUACGAGACCUAACACAAACUCCUAACAAUUAACAGCAUCGAGUACCGACAGGUGUAGCCGCGGCCCGGUUCCCCUCGGCGCCAACGUUAACCACGGAAGAAAACAUGCCCGUUGCUCGGAGUGUGACGCCUGCUGUUUUUUUAGUGUCUGGCUGCCGCUGGUCGACGGCGGUGAUGUGAGCCGAGUUGCACCGCGACAGAGGGGGUGAGACAAGAGAGCCACAGCCGGGUAAUAGUGUCUGCUGCUGCUGGUGGUGCUGCUGCUGGGGGUUUGUGUUGUUUUUUUUUGUGUGUGUGUGUAUUUUUUUUUUUUUUCCUCGACACAGAAGAAUGGACUUUGUCGGACGGACUCACGUACUGAAGCGGGCAUGCGACCGUACACGGGCCUGGGUGUCAUUGUUGGGCAACAACUUUAGCAAGCUAGCUAACAGUGGCUCGCUUAAAUUCAUGUAAAUGAAUCGGUUUGGUGUCGGGCAGUAAGCUCACUUUGCUCGCGUAAUGGAGGCACCCUGAGUGACUUUAUUCGCUUCAAUCCACCGGUGCUCUUUUUUUUUUAAAUACUGCUGGCGAUGUGCUGACGACCCAGUGAGCAUUUUUCCUCGGUUCCCAUUUGGUUGGCAGGAUUAUUAAGAGGUGGUAGUUGAGCAAAAAAAGAAAAAGUUGCCCAGUUUGGCAUAUAAAUAAUUACUGAAACAGUAUCUAUUUCACAUAGGUAUCACGCGUUUCUUGUAUUGAUAUUUGUGUGAAAUUGCACUUUAAUAAGCUCAUUUUUUUUAAGGCAUGCGCCAAAGUCACCUGUGAUUUUGGGGGUUUGUGAAAGCUAUACAUCUUUAAAAUCACCACCCCAGCACAUCAAACCAGUCAAAAAAUACAGGUAACAUUUUCUGAUUGCACUUGAAUAUAAGUGAGUAUAUGAAUAUAUCAUUAAAGGACCAGGAUAGGUGCACAUCUACGUAUAUUGUUGUGAGACAGAGGCUAGAGACAGGCUUAUCCAUGUCCGUUGGUUCCUAGUUACUGUUUAACUCAAUAUCUAGGCUGUCUGGAACAGUUAAAGACUGAGUUUCACUGGAAAUGAAAACAUGAAUAUCGAAGAGCAGUGUCUAGAUUUGUGCAAUGUCAAGACAAAAAGCAACGUGGACGAUGAUCACAACACUACCAACAACACAGAAGGGGUCACCCCCCGGAUCUCUGAACUGAUGACGGACAGUAACACAGAAAAACAAAACAGUGUUCCCACAGAGGCCUCUGAAACGUACCUGAUGCCUCAGCUCACUGACAACCUUCAGGCAACUGAGGAGGAUAACCACCAGGCACAAGACACACUGGAAAUUGAUGAGGUCAAUGGAAAUAGAAAAAGCAGUGCCCAAGAAACCCCUGCCGUGGUGAAUCCCACUGACUUGAUCUUCUCUAAUGAUGAGCAGCACAAGGGCGAUAUCGGUGUAGAGAAAAUGAAGGAAGAAAAGGACACUGAACCCGCAAAGUUUGUUGUGGGGGAAGGGGAUGAAGGUGGGGACAUGGACAUAGGUGUGGACCUGAGUCUCGACGAGAGUGGGGUGUUGGAGGCUGAAUCGACAAAUGUCCGAUCAUUCACAGACAAUACUUUAGACUCCACAUCUCAGGAUGUCCCAGCUGACAGCGCGGCAGAGAGCCCGUCAGAUGCGAGAAAGACAAGCAUCACGGAGGCUAUUGCCACGGAUCCGGCUGGACUGUACCCAACCGUGGAGGAAGGGGACGAUAAACAGAAACCAGGUGGCAAGAGGGUGACUUUUCCAUCAGAUAAGGAUAUUGUGUCCGGCGCAGUGGAGCCCAAGGACCCCUGGAGGCAUGCUCAGAAUGUGACGGUGGAUGAGAUCCUCUCUUCCUACAAACAGGCCUGUCAGAAACUCAACUGUAAACCCAUACCCAAAGUGCUCAAACAGAUACAGGAACUGAAAGACCUGACACAGCGAAACGAAUGCUUAGAUCUAAAAGGUGAGAAGCUGGACUACAAAUCAUGUGAGUCUCUGGAAGAGAUUUUGAAGAGGGUCCAGUUUAAAGUGAUAGACCUGGAGCAGACCAACCUGGAUGAAGAUGGUGCUUCAGCUCUGUUUGACAUGAUCGAGUAUUAUGAGUCAGCCACACAUCUCAACAUCUCCUUCAACAAGCACAUUGGCACGCGGGGAUGGCAGGCCGCAGCUCAUAUGAUGAGAAAGACGAACUCUCUGCAGUAUCUCGAUGCACGUAACACUCCCCUGCUGGACCACUCGGCUCCCUUUGUAGCACGAGCACUCAGGAUCAGUGGCAGCCUGGCAGUCCUCCACCUGGAGAACGCUGGCCUGUCUGGCAGACCGCUCAUGUUACUGGCUACGGCUCUGAAGAUGAAUAUGAACCUGCGGGAGUUGUACCUGGCAGACAACAAGCUCAAUGGCCUGCAAGACUCAGCCCAGCUUGGCAACUUGCUCAAGUUCAACUACAACAUUCAGAUCCUAGACCUGCGUAACAACCACAUCCUAGACUCUGGUCUGGCCUACGUGUGUGAAGGACUAAAAGAGCAGAGGAAAGGCCUCGUCACUCUGGUGCUAUGGAACAACCAGCUCACACACAACGGCAUGGGCUACCUCGCUGCUGCACUGCCAUGCACCCAAAGUCUAGAGACUCUCAACCUCGGCCAUAACUCAGUGGGUAACGAAGGGGUCCAUAAGCUGAAAGACGGACUGAUUGCUAACCGCUCUGUGCUGAGACUGGGCCUCGCUUCCACCAAACUGUCCUGCGAAGGAGCUGUGGCUGUGGCUGAAUUCAUCGCUGAGAGCCCCAGACUGCUUCGUCUGGACCUUCGAGAGAAUGAGAUCAAGACAGGUGGACUGAUGGCCCUGUCGCUCGCCUUGAAAGUCAACACCUCUCUGCUGCGUCUCGACCUUGACCGGGAGCCCAAGAAAGAAACUGUGAAGAGCUUUAUUGAGACCCAGCGCGCCCUGCUGGCUGAGAUCCAGAAUGGCUGCAAGAGGAACUUCAUCCUGGCCAAGGAGAAGGAGGAAACAGAGCAGAAGAUGAGGCAGUCGGCAUCCAUGGCUGAAAUCGCCACAGAGGAUGGGACCACAGAAGAAGAGGAGCAACCAGCAUCAGAGGAGAGUGGGGACACGCAGGGGAAAGAGGGAGAAGGAGGUGAAACGACAGGAAAUGAAGGACAGACGAGCAGCCAGUCAGGAACGAGCUCUGAGAAGAGUGUUCCUCAAAUGACCUUGGAGUCGGACUCAGACACUGAGGAUGAGGAGGAAGAGGAGGUGGUAACAAAUUCCUCUUCUACGUCAAACUCGUCCACUCACUUAAACCAGACUGCUCCCCAAACCCAGCCAGGGGUUGCACAGCCCCUCCUCAGUGCCUCACGUACGUCCUCUUCCCCGUCGGCCCCGCCUGCCAGCGGGCCGAGUGUCAUUUCCAGCAUCACCAUCACAGAAUCAGCAGUUCCUCCCGGCACCCCGCCAUCUCCUGGUCGCUGUAUAUCUGUCUCCAGUCCAGGGAGGGGUCAUAAGAUCUUCAUGGUAACUCGGGUGGAGAGCCCGCCUGAGCAGCAACAGCUACAACUCCAACUAAGCGCACCUGCAAACCCCAGCCUGGCCAAAGAGGCCUCAAAGAAGCCUGUAGACGUGAACAUGACACAGCAGACACAGCCGCCACCCGCAGCUCAAACACCUACACAAACACAACUGACACAGGAGGACGGGAAGGAGAGCUCACCUGCUCCGUCAACAGACUGUAAACUGACAGACCAGAGUCCUGUAGCACACUUAGAGUCCACACCAAAUACUACACAGACCCACACAAUAGAGCCACAGUCUACAAGUCAACCCACAGAGGAUGUGACCGCUAGCACUUUAGACCCAGAGGUGACAGAUCCAAGUCAACAAGCACCAGCCCUGCCUUCAGAUUCCUCAGCAGUGCAGCUCACUGAGGAGGUAACAGAGAGCACUAAAGCCCCCCAACAUGAGCCCACUUGUGUAGAAGGAAAGAAGGAAGGAGAAGAGGAUGGUCGUACAGAAGAUGAGGGACAGGUGAUGUCCCCUGAUAGCACAGAAGGAGAGUGUAAAGAGUUAGACGAACUGAGUCAAACGCAGCUGCAGCCGUUACCAUCAGCUCUUGCACAGCUACAAAGUGAGCUAGCAUCUGCAUCAGAGGAGACACAUGCGCAGAACCAAACAGAGGAGGAAGAGGCACUGGAGGAAGCACCGGCCAACUUGUCAGAAAAUGAAAAACCCAGUUUAACAGAGAACGACUACAGCCAGCCAAGCCAAGGGGAACCGUGUCCAAAGCAGCAAACGGAGGCAGAUGAGCAGGGAGUACAGCCUGUUCUCUCUGUCCAGACUGAUCAGCAAGCACCAUCUGUCACUCAAGGUGGAGCUCAGGAGUCAAAUCCUCCAGCCGAAGAAGCCUCAGAGAGUCCCAUACCUGCCUCAACCGUGUCCGUCUCCCCAGUCGAAGAGGAGGAUUCACCCGAUGAGAGCUCUGCAGACGAGGGCGAGUGCUUUGCUGAGGCUCCAGAAGAGGUCAUCGGUUCAGCUCUGCCCAACGGCCUGAAGCCGGAGUUCUCCCUCCAUCUUCUUGACACUGAAAGCCCCAAGCCCGGCAGCUGUGUGAUGGAGCACGUGAGUGUCAGCUGUGGACAAGACCUGGAGGAGCUGCUGCUAGAGGCCAGUCUGGAGACGGGGAGAGACGCACCAUGAGGCUGUGAGGGACGGUGAGGACAGGAGAUAACAGCACUCAGAUAGUUUGGUCUGGCUCUACUACAUGACUGGUUGCCCUACAAUGUUUUUGUCGUUUCUUUGACUUUACCACCUACACCACCUUUCCAUAAAGGACCGAAGACCUGGUGUUACAGGGGAAGCUCUAUACAUGAAAAUAUAAGCAUAUAAUUAUGGAAAGACACAAAGGACAAAAUCAACUUCUCGAGCUUGGCUGUGACCAAUAAGGACAUCCACACUACAUCAACCACUGAAACUCACAUACAUAUGCACAUUGAGUAUGAGGAAGAGGGGACGGGGAAAGAGAAAUAAAAUCACCCUGUUAUCACUACAUUUUGUCAAUCUGCAAUCUUUACAAAAAAAAAAAAAAAAAGCAGCCGUCUGUGAGUGAGAAAGACGAGAGAUGGGGGACAAAGGAGGGAGGGUAAAACACUAACCAAAGACAGAACACAGACCUUUCUCACAGCCCUGCUUUGAUGUCUUGUGUAGAUUUCCACUGUAUUUGGGGAAAUAACUAGCAGUUUUCGUCACAACACACACACACACAAAAAGACAUUAAGGGUGAUAAUGAGAAAAGCGGGGUUGAUGGCACAGUCGGAAGACGAAAUAACGGUGGCGGACCCUGCUGAGCGGACCUGCUGGCUUGGAACACUUGUUCUGGAGGUGGAAGUAGGUCACUGUCAAAGGGUUUUAUAUUUAAGGAAGCUGAAGAUGUUAACGUAUCUGUUUAAAUGUCAACGUUUUAUGUAUGUGUCCCCCACUCUCCCGACUAUUCUCCCCCUUUGAAAAAGAAAAAAAAGAAACCCUAAAGGACCUCUGCCAAAGUGACUUCCCUCUUGUGUGUUUUCUCUGCUCACUUUGGCCCCUCAGGAAUCAGCGUCUCCCCCACCCCUCCAGUCAGUCUCCUCAGAUAUGAUGUGGAGGAGCUGCAACUGUCUUCCCCACCCCCACCCCCCGACCCCCGCCUGCCUCCGCUACAACAACAAAACAAAACAAAAAAAAAGCUUUCUGAAAGUCAGUCGGUAAUUUGCUCCCAGCUUGAAAAGCCCAGAACUUCUGCGUUUAUUUACAGUACAAAAAUACAAACGUAUUCUUUUCCUUGAUUCUCUAAAACUUCAGACUCUGUUAUCGCUCUGUUCGACCUCCUGAUCAUUGUUGUGUUAAACUCAGCUCUGUCUUUAUCUCCCCUCUCCUUCCUCCUGUCCCUCUGUCUUCCGCUGGUACUUUGUGCCAUCUCACCUCUCCGCUCCAGCUCAUCAUUCAUGUUGCCUUCAAACUCACCACUGCAGAUUCAGUCUUUGUUUUUGUUUUUUUGUUUUUUUUGUUUGGCUGCUUUGAGAAAUCAGAUAUUUUGUAUUUAUUUUAUAGAUAUAUGAGCCUUCUCUGAUUUAAUUUUCCCCUUUUCUUCAUUUUAUCUUUUCUUUUCCAUUUGAGGGGUUGCUUUUAAAGAUUAGCCCCAUUUUUUUGAUGUAUAUUUCACAUUCAACCUAGAGCAAAAUAUUUAGUUUUGUUUUUUUUCUGGGGGGAGGGGGGUUAAUCUGUGUUGGGAGGAAAGAUAAAUAUGAUUGAAUGGUUGACCAUGGUAGCAGUCAGGGUGCAGUAAUGAAAGCAAACGCAAGGAAGCGGCAAACCUAACAGUUCUCAUCAAAGUCCUUGUUGUUUUAACACUACUCUGCUGGGUGAGGGUGCAGCCACAAGGGGGCGCUGGUGGUGUUGUUUUCCUACAGUGGAGACUGAACUACAGGAUAUCACAGUCUGAACAGCAUCACACUCGUUACACUGCCAGCGCUGAUGUCUCUGUUCAGAUCCAAUUUCUAUCCUGAAUUUCCCAGAGCAAGGCAGUAAAACUUUACAUAAAAUGUCAACUUGUUUGUGAAGAGAGUUGGUUUAACCUGCUUUGAGUUUUUUUUCUUUUCCCCCCUGAAGCAAACACGCAGGCAGGUGUGAUGUUAAAAGGAGCAACCUUUGACCCUCCUGCUCCUCUCCACCCAACAGAUAGUUUGCCCCACUGUUUGUUUAUGCUUUAAUUUUUAGAAAUUUUUAAUAAUAAUUUGUUAACUUAAUUGAAAUGUGCUGGUAAUCACAAAGAUAUGUAUGGCGAAAUUUGUUCCUCUCAAAUAAAUGCAUGUAAUGACUAA